AUGGAAGAUCGUUCGAUUUUGGACUCUCAAAUUUUAGCAUCAUCAACAAAAGACUAUCAAACAUCCGGAGCUGCAUAUGCCAGACUGAACCUUACAACCAUUGGUAAUGUCAGUAGUGAUAGCUGGAUAGCAGCGGAAAAAGACAAUGAUCCAUGGCUCCAGAUUGACUUCAUAAGCAAUGUGACGAUCAGUGAAAUACGGACUCAAGGCUUAGAGAAUAGAAGUUCGUAUGUCACAAGUUACACACUGUCAUUUGAGAUAAAAGGGACAGUUUACAAGAAUACCAAGUCAAUGGGCAAGUGAAGGUAAACAUUAUACACUUUAUCUGCUCCCAAGGGAACCGUUUAAAGUCAAGCGAAAGCUAUUUAUUUAUACACAACAUGACGUCAUAACGUAGUAAGAAGUUGCCCAAGAGACGCCAGGGCUGGUGGGUUACAGCAUGAUGUUUAUACAACAACGUUAUGACGUCUUCUGUGUAUCUUAUAACAGAACAGAACAGAGCAUGGCAAUUGUUUUGUAUAAUGAAAAGCAAACAAACAAAUCAAACACUAGGUAUGUAUAGUUUAUCUUGAUUCCCCCAAAUUUGUCACCCGUUCGUAAACGUUGACUCAUAACGCGUAUAUUAUAUUAUAUAAAUUAUAUAUGGAAACUAAACAAUGCUAUUUGUUAAUUAAGUGACAUGCUGAAUUGUGAUUGGCCAGUGAAAACCAAUAGGCCAUGGCCAUAUAUCCAAGCAACAUGAUUUUCUAUACGUUAACAAAUUCACUAGCUUUUUGUGUUUUUGCUUUACUAAAACUUCAGCACAAUUUGUUCUGGUAUUCCUUCCGAAUAUGGCGUUAUUCGCUUACUCAGAAAAAAUUGCGUAGUAUUUUUAAACAUUAUCGUCAUUUUACUGGCGUGAAAUAAAGCUAUGCCUAUUUUAUGUGACGUAAUUCCGUGCGUAUAUGAGCUCUCGACCAACGAAAUCGUUUGAAUUUUUUACUUAUUAUUUAAAAAAUUCAUUAAUAAUUCACGAGGAAAAUACAAAAGAAAUGAAUGUUUAAUCAAUGUUUGUAAAUUGGAUAAACAUUUGUCCUGAUUUACAUAAACUUCAGCUUUGAUUUUCUCGGCUUAGACAAUGUUUAUUUUCAAAAUUACUUCGCCAAUGAACUCAUAAGAUGGGUCAUUUUUUGAGUACGAUAAAACAUUCGCAUCCGAUCUGUAUCUGAAUACAAACUUUCGCCUUCGGUUCGAGUUUGUAUAUCAGAUACAGAUCGGCUGAGCAUGUUUUAUCUAGUACACAAUAACAAUAGAACUAAUUAAGUAACUUACUGUUUAAACAGGUAUGUUGCAUUUAGGCAGCGGCUAUUUUACAAAUGAACAGCUUUCAAAAUGCACAACUUUCAUUAAUAUUCAUUCUUUCUCAAAGGAAUUUUACGCGAACUAUAACAUCAGUUCCAUCAUCAGACAACCGUUGAAGCCAGUUAUAUUUGCUCGUUUCAUUCGAAUAAGACCAAAAACAUGGACCGGAGAUUGUGCAUUGAGGGUUGAAUUUUAUGGCGAACAUGAAGGUGAGAAAUGACGUGGCACAUCGUCAUGUUACGUGUAUUGCAAUUUUAUGAACAUCUAAUCUGGAGGGCAUAUAUGACAAAUUGAGAACAUGCAUGGCCUUUAAAGUUUUUCGAUAUAUUUUCAUUUUGGAGAUAUUUAGUUCGUUUGAUAUGUUAAUAACACAACAUUUUACGCCAUAUUGCUCAAUGAGUUUGUGAACGAUCAGUAAAGCCUCGGUCAAACGAGGAUGGCAGUUGGGGAGUUUGCAGUCGCAAACUUGGGACAUUUAAAGCUGUAAACUAACAAAUAAUAGCUCUAAACGUCACGCGAAUAUAUUAAUAUCAAGUGCUGGAAACAACGUGAAGCGGCGGGGGAACCAUUUAAAAAGGGCAUUUACGUCUGUGUCCUUGUUUUUUGGUAGCGAUCUUACUUAAACUUUUGCUGUACGGACACUUGAUUAUUUGUAGCUAAUUUUGUUGGACAAAUUUCGGCAUUUAUUGCAUGAAAAAUUUUAUUCGUUGUAUGAAGCUAAAUACUAAAUUCAUUGUAUAAACAAAAAAUAAUGACAGCUUGUUAAUGUUUAGGACGCCUUUUUUUCCUUUUUCUUGCUAUAGUUGGAAACCUUGAUAACGUUUCUGAGAGGAAUUUCACAUUCACAACAGUUCUCAUUUUCAAUUCAUAUGAAUAACGCACGACUUUCGAAGUGUAUUAUUUGCAUAUAAAGCAGUACGCUGCCUCCGCACUGUUUAAUUUGGACAACGGCUGCAGCUGCCCGCACUGCAUGCCCGCGCGGUUCCAUGCAUUGCCCCUGAAAUAUCAUCUGUCUGGAAAAACGUUCCCAAAAAUAGGAAAGUGUACGUGUCGAUUGUUUUGACCUCUUGAAAAAGAUGAUUCUUGAUUUUCAUUACUUUGAAAUAGCGAAUCACACAACCUCAGAGGUCACAUCGCACAAUGAGCUGUUGGUAACAUUGGUGAUUAAGUCUGUAGUUAUAACUUUUAAAUUAUUAAGUCUUACAGUAUAACUUAGGUUUGUGAAAACACCAAGCCGUAUGCACUGGUACGGUUGAUCAAUUCCAUCUUUUUUCCCAAUAGGGUUGUACGUCAUGCAGUCGACAAACCCAUUUAUAAACUAACAUUAUUGUACAUUUUUCGUAACCUUUUUAUCUAGAAUGUACCGACCCGCAGCCUUUAGGCAUUGAAAAUGGACGUAUUCUUGACAGUCAACUAUAUGCUUCAGCAUUAACUAUAACAGAAGAUGGACCACAAAUUGGUCGGUUAAAUAUGUUGAGUGGAG